AUGUUAGCGGCUGCAAGAACGGGAUCCAACAACGAAAGCAAUUGCCGGACCAUUUGGAAAUGGGUCUGCUGGGAAAGUGGACUGAAAGCUGGUGGUGAGGAGGACAAGAUUAUGGAACUGCUAACUGUUGGCAAAGAUAAGAGCGAAGUUUUGAUGGGCGGGACACAUGCGGAAAUAUUGGUUCAGUGUUUUGACUAUUAUGAAAAAGAAAUCCUUACGAGGAUGCCGAUAAUGGAUACCGAAAAGAUGGCAACUAAACUGGCGGAUCAUCAGCUGGAGAUCUGGAAGAAGAGCGGCAUAGACGUGAAUAGCUGCUUUGAGCUCCUUGAACUCAACAAAGUACAUCCAGAUAAGCUUUUGAGAAGUCCAAUGCUGAGCUCGUGGAUCAAUUACGCUGAAUAG